CAAGAAUGGAAAGUGUGUGCACGAGUGAUUCCGGACCACGCAAAAGGAAAAAUAAAGAUAGGCCUACUGAAGAACAAGAACAAGACCUGGUUGAAACCCAAGAAGAACUGAGCAAAGUGGAGAAGAAUAAUUUGAUAUCAGGACAAAAAUCUUCCAGUUUCUCACAGACUGAAAACAAAUCAGGAGCCAAAAAAAAUAUCCCCUGCCCUCUGUGUGGAAAGAGCUUCACACAAAAAGGAAACCUUAAGAUUCACAUAAGGAUUCACACUGGAGAGAAGCCUUUCGAAUGUCAUCUGUGUGGCAAGAGUUUCACAGAUCCAAGGAAUCUCAGAGAUCACCAGCUCUCCCACUCUGGAGUAAGAGCGUUCGACUGCGAUCAGUGCGGCAAAAAUUUCAUGUUUGCAGCUCACUUGAAAAGACACCUGAGAAUCCAUACAAAUGAUAAGCCUUACUUGUGCUCCGUUUGUGGACAGAGUUAUUCACGCAUGGACCAUUUUAAAGAACACCAGAAAUUGCAUGUCAAUGUGAGACCUCAUGUGUGCUUUGAAUGUGGAAGUGCCUUUAAUUUAGCCAGUCACUUGAAAGACCAUCAAAAACUUCACACUGGAGAGAAACCGCACAAGUGCUCACACUGUGGAAAGAGUUUCGCGCAGUCAGGAUCUAUGAAAAAACAUGAGAGAAUUCAUACAGGAGUGAAGCCAUACAUCUGCCCUUCAUGUGGGAGGGCCUUCUGCCAGUCAAGUGCUCUACUGAAUCAUAUAAAAAAGCAUUGCCCAAAGUUGCCACAGUGAGAAAAUGAUGCAAAAAUAAUGCAAAAUGGCGGUUUAAAGAGAGAAUUUCAUUUUUUAGAGGGUCAUUUUUUGACAAAAAAAGUAA